AUGCUAUCAUCAUCCCCUGUUCUUUCCGCUUAUUACAUUGCCAAUAACCUUGGUCCUGACUCAGGUCAUUGUGACCUGACGAUGUUGGAGGCAUCUCAGGCUGAUGGUCAAUCUCAUCUUCUUACCAAACCACGAUCUAUGCCUCAGGACGAUAUUACUUCAAGUCAUGCUAAUCACCAUUACAUGGAUCGUAAAAGAAUGGUAACAGAACCCAUGGACCCUAAUCAACAUUUAUUUGAAGGCCCUCUCCAAAAUGAAAGUCCUCUCCACAAUGACACAAAUGAUAUCGAUUCAUCAAGCCUUCCGCCAGGGCUUCCUCCAGGUGAAGAGAUCUUCAAACGUGGCAUACAGAGUAUGCCAGACACAACUGUCCGAUCAGCUGUUGUGGCAAAGCGAGCUGAUACCGAAAGCAAGCGUUUACGCGCACUCGCAGCAGUGUGGGAACUCGAGGCAGCUGAAAAACACACAGUACUUCUUCAAACAAUUCUAAGGGAUUAUUCUCGACAGUAUGUCAAGAGUAGGGAAGAGGCUCGCUUUUUCGAAAGGCUGAUGGUCGGACGCAACAGGCAUCAGCUCGAAGAUGACACAGACUUCACCAUUGCUGCAUAUUCCCAUGAUCUCGUGGCAUUCAAUAUUGCAGCCGUGCAACUCAAUUAUCUGGAGACGACUGUUGCUGAGCAGGACUUAUCCUUGGAGGAUUAUGACCCAGGAGAUGCUGAAUACUGCUUCAGGGAAUGCAUAGACAGCGUAGUGAGGGAAUCAAGAUGCAGUGCAUCACCCAUGUCUGAGGCUCUGGCCUGA